CUCCUCCCCGGGGUCUGAUGGCAGGAUGGCGGAGGCAGGGGGACCGGAGUCUGCCGCGGCCCGGUGCCCGGACGAGUCGUCGGACAGCGAGCCGGAGCAGGAGCCCGGAACCCCACAGAAACUCAUCCGAAAAGUGUCCACUUCCGGCCAGAUCCGCAGCAAGACAGUGUUGAAGGAGGGCACUCUGAUGAAACAGACCAAUUCGUUCCAGCGGUGGAAGAGACGAUACUUCAAACUCAGAGGGCGGACUCUGUACUACGCUCAGACCGCCAAGUCGAUCAUCUUUGACGAGGUGGACCUGACGGACGCCAGCGUGGCCGAGUCCAGCACCAAGAACGUCAACAACAGCUUCACCGUGAUCACGCCCUGCAGACGCCUCAUCCUGUGCGCUGACAACAGGAAGGAGAUGGAGGAGUGGAUGGCGGCGCUGCGCAGCGUCCAGAACAGACAGAACUAUGAGUCCACCCAGUAUAGCAUGGACCACUUCAGUGGGAUGCACAACUGGUACGCCUGCUCCCAUGCCAGGCCCACGUACUGUAACGUCUGUAGGGAGGCACUGUCAGGGGUAACAUCACACGGCCUGUCCUGUGAAGUCUGUAAGUUUAAGGCUCAUAAGCGUUGUGCUGUUCGAGCCACCAACAACUGUAAAUGGACGACACUGGCUUCUAUUGGGAGGGAUAUCAUUGAGGACGAGGACGGGGUGUCCAUGCCUCAUCAGUGGUUGGAGGGGAACCUGCCAGUGUCGGCCAAAUGUAACGUCUGUGAUAAGACUUGUGGCAGCGUCCUCCGCCUGCAGGACUGGAGAUGUCUCUGGUGUAAGGCCAUGGUGCACUCAGGUUGUAAGGAGCAGCUGUCCUCUAAGUGUCCACUGGGACAGUGUAAAGUGUCCGUCAUCCCUCCAACUGCGCUCAACAGCAUUGACUCUGACGGGUUCUGGAAGGCGUCCUGUCCUCCGUCCUGCACCAGUCCUUUGCUGGUGUUUGUUAACUCCAAGAGUGGAGACAAUCAGGGCGUCAAAUUCCUGAGACGCUUCAAACAGCUGCUGAACCCGGCACAGGUGUUUGACCUGAUGAACGGCGGCCCUCACCUGGGUCUGCGUUUGUUCCAGAAGUUUGAUACGUUCAGGAUCCUGGUGUGUGGAGGAGAUGGCAGCGUCGGCUGGGUCCUAUCUGAGAUUGACGCGCUCAUGCUGCACAAACAGUGUCAGCUGGGAGUUCUUCCUCUGGGGACCGGGAAUGAUCUGGCCCGGGUCCUGGGAUGGGGGUCAGCCUGUGACGACGACACGCAGCUUCCUCAGAUACUGGAGAAACUGGAGAGAGCCAGCACCAAGAUGUUAGACAGAUGGAGUAUUAUGGUCUAUGAGACAAAGUUUCCACGGCAACACUCUGCGUCCACGGUCACAGAGGACUGCAGUGACGACUCAGAGGUUCAGCAGAUUCUGACCUACGAGGACUCGGUGGCUGCUCACCUGUCCAAGAUCCUUACCUCAGACCAGCACUCUGUCGUCAUCUCCUCAGCUAAGGUCCUGUGUGAAACGGUGAAGGACUUUGUGGCUCGUGUUGGUAAAGCUUACGAGAAGAACACAGAGAGUUCAGAGGAGUCGGAGGCCAUGGCCAAGAAGUGCGGGGUGCUGAAGGAGAAACUGGACUCUCUGCUGAAGACUCUGAAUGAGGAGUCUCAGGCCUCCACCUCACUGCCCCCGGCUCCGCCCCCCACCAUCGCUGAGGAGCAGGAAGAGACCGAGGGAGUCGUACUGCCUUCUUCAUCAUCAUCAUCAUCAACAUCAACAUCAACAUCAUCAUCAUCCUCCUCUGCAGCUGUGGCUAUUUUUAAACCCCGAGAGCAGCUGAUGCUGAGAGCCAACAGUCUGAAGAAAGCCAUCAGGCAGAUCAUCGAGCACACUGAGAAAGCCGUGGACGAACAGAACGCUCAGACUCAGCAGCAGCUCUUCUCUCUCAGUCGUGCUGGGGAAGACGAGGGUCUGGUGGAGGAGGAAGAGGAGGAGGAGGUGGAGGAGGACAAGAUGUCUCUGCAGUCGUCCUACAGUGCCAAACACCGCAACACACGCAGAGUCAGCAAGACGCCUUGUGAGAAGUUGAUCAGUAAAGGCAGCCUGUCAUUGGGCAGCUCGGCAUCACUUCCUGUCCAGACAGGAAGUAGAGAGAACAUGCCCAUGCUCAACACAAAGAUCCUGUAUCCAGGUCUCAGAGGGAUCUCAGGUUCUCUGUCCAGCAGCUCUGUGAUCAGUCGACUGCUGGUCAACGCCGACCCGUUUAGCUGUGACCCCGACAACAUGGACUGCUACACUGAGAAGUGUGUCAUGAACAACUACUUUGGAAUAGGACUGGACGCUAAAAUCUCUCUGGACUUCAAUAACAAGAGAGACGAACAUCCAGAGAAGUGCAGGAGUCGGACGAAGAACAUGAUGUGGUACGGAGUUCUGGGAACCAAAGAGCUGCUGCACAGAACCUACAAGAACCUGGAACAGAAGGUUCUACUAGAGUGUGAUGGGCGUCCCAUCCCCCUCCCCAGCCUGCAGGGCAUUGCUGUAUUGAACAUCCCGAGUUAUGCAGGAGGAACCAACUUCUGGGGAGGAACCAAAGAGGAUGAUACGUUUACAGCUCCGUCCUUCGAUGAUAAGAUCCUGGAGGUGGUAGCGGUGUUCGGCAGCAUGCAGAUGGCCGUGUCCAGAGUCAUCAACCUGCAGCACCAUCGCAUCGCACAGUGUCGAACUGUGAAGAUCACCAUCCUGGGUGAUGAAGGUGUCCCAGUGCAGGUGGACGGGGAGGCGUGGGUCCAACCUCCAGGUUACAUCAACAUCAUCCACAAGAACAGAACCCAGACACUGACCAGGGACAGGGCGUUCGAGAGCACCCUUAAGUCGUGGGAGGACAAACAGAAGUGUGAGUUUCUUCGGGCCCCACCCCCUCAGCCCCCUCAGCCCCCCCUCUCCUCCCAGCCAGAGAUCGUCUCUGAAGAUGAGGCAUCACUCGUCAGUGAGUUCGGUCAGGCGGCAGGAGCUCUGAUUCACAGUAUCCGUGAGGUUGCUCAGUCUCAUCACAGCCUGGAACAGGAACUGGCUCACGCUGUCAACGCUAGCUCGAAGGCCAUGGACGUGGUCUACGCCAACUCUAAGAGCUCCGGGGCCCUGAGCUGCAGCGUGGUCCUUCAGAUGGUCAGUAAUGUCAAAGCUUUACUCAGUGAGACUGAACUGCUGCUUGCUGGAAAGAUGUCCAUGCAGCUGGAUCCUCCUCAGCAGGAACAGUUGAAUGCAGCUCUGAACUCGGUGGCUCACCAGCUCCGUCGCCUGGCUGAUGUCCCCUGGUUGUGUCCCGUCAUUGACCCGUCAGACCACGAGGGUCCUCUCACAGAUUUCUCAAAACGCAGUCGGAGUGCAAAGUUUCGUCUGGUCCCGAAAUUCAAAAAAGACAAAAAUAACAAGAACAAAGAGACCUGCGCUACCCUGUCUCUGCCAGUUCAUCAGUGGGGGACGGAGGAGGUGGGGGCGUGGCUGGACUUUCUUUGUCUCACUGAAUAUAAGGACAUCUUUAUUGGACACGACGUACGCGGAGCCGAGCUCAUCCACCUGGAGAGAAGGGACCUGAAGGAUCUCGGGGUGACGAAGGUCGGUCACAUGAAGAGGAUUCUUCAGGGAAUAAGAGAGCUCAACAGGAACAGCAGCGCCAGCGAGGCGUGACAGCCGUCAGCGACGGCUGUCUGCUCUCCUCCUACCUCUGCUGCCAUCGACCACCUCGACCUCCUGACCUGACCUCUGACCUCUGACCCUGUGACAUCACAUCUGAAGCUCACUGUGAUUGGACCAGGACUCAUUCUGAGAACCAAUCAGAUGAUCCAUAAAGUGCCUUGAUGUCCUACCCUCUGACGAAUCAGGAUCCAGCACGUAGAGGUCUGGUGGGUGUGACCGUUGACGGAUUGAUGGAGAAGUUUUGUUUAUCUUAACGACUUUGAGAAAAUUCUUUAACAAAGUUUUUCAAGGAUUUAACACACAGAACAGAUCAGUGUUCUGACGUCCAGGACCCAGACUCCAGCACUGUCUCUGCUUACUGAGUCUGAGCCGGAUCUGGCCCGUCCACGGCUCAGUGGCCAGAGUUGUACCUGUGAUCUACCUGCCGCCUCUGACCAAUCAGAAGCUCCCCUGGUCCGGGACACAUUGAACCAGGACACAGCAGAACCCUUUACUUUUUAUUUUUAGAAGAUAACAGGAACACACUGUGAGGGGACGGACACUGUGAGAGGUUGGACACUGUGAGGGGACGGACACUCUGAGUGUCCUUCAGAGGAACAUUUGUACUUAAAUACAUAUUUAUUUCUUCAGUGGUCUUUAAACUUCCUAAACUCAUCAUUGAUCUGAUAAAGACCUCAGUCGGAUCAGUCGAUGAAGACGAGCCAUGUUUCCUGUUUGAUGCCAUUUCCUGUCUGUCCAACAAAAACAGGAAACAGUUUAAUCCAAUGUGGAGUCUUCGACGUCUUUAAGGGACCAAACACUUUGUGAUGGACAAGACGUGUUUGUGUUCAGAUCAGACGAAGCCUUAAACACUUUCAGCCUUUCAUCAAAUAAAAUUCACUCCUUCAUAUCAGA